AUGGCAGUGGCGAUAGCAGCGGUGGUAGAAGAGGCGGCAGCAGCGGCGGCUGGAGAAUCACAUGAGAACAGUAACUCGUGUGAGAAGCAGGACCAUUCAGCUUUACCCAGUAUGCUGCGAUUGUGUGUAGUCGUGCUCCUCGCCUCCACCGCAUGUGUACUGGGAGCCUCGCUGCCGAUUGGCCGCUUGGCUCACACUGGUCCAGUCAGGAGGUUGGGCGUAGCUGCAGGCCUAAUCUAUGGAGGCCACGACGCAGCGAGGGGUGAAUUCCCAUAUAUGGUGUCGCUGAAGAUAGUGGGGACGUUCACCAAGAGCCACCAUUGCGGAGGGGCCAUCAUCUUCAGUACGUCUGUGCUCACAGCAGCCCACUGCACCACCAACAUCGACAAAUCGAUUGUGAGUACGCGUGGCGCUUUCCAUUCGCAUCACGAAUGUACAACUGCAGUGGCCGGAGAACUGGACCAGAGCACCGACGAAGGCACGGAGCAGGAGGUGAGGAUUUCGCAGAUGAUCAAGCACCCAGACCACCCAGGUGGUACUGACGUGAGCCCUAACGACAUCGCUGUCAUCAAACUGAUGACCGCCUUCACGUUCAACUCUUUUGUCCAACCCAUUAACCUGCCCAGCGCCGGAGUUGUUCCCACAGAUGGAUCAUCCGCUGCUGCGCUUGGCUGGGGAGAGAUAGAAGACGAAGGCGAACCGGAUAUCCUGCAGACUGUAGACGUCGUCAUCAUCGACCAAGCGACUUGCUCGCAGCUGAUCGACAGCUUAAUAACGGAAAACCAGCUGACUGACACUAUGAUUUGCACAGGCCCGGUCACAGGAGGGACCGGUGUCUGCUACGGUGACUCUGGUAGUCCAGUUACUCAGGACGGCAUGGUGGUUGGCAUGGCUUCAUGGACCAUCAUGCCCUGUGCCACAGAGAGGUCCCCAAGUGUAUACACCAGGGUAUCGGCCUUCCUCGACUUUGUUAAUGAACACAUUUAG